AUGCCCGACAACGAUGAUUUUUCCAUAGCCAAAUGGGCUGCCGCUUCCUUUUCCUCUCUGCAGCCGCCAUUGAAGAAGCUCUUCUUUGAAGAGCGGGAUACGCCGAACUCGACAAAGUCGUUUUACAACUCAGAAGGUAGACUCAAGUCCUGA